AUGACGACGACGUCUCCAAAUGAAUGGCUUGAUGAUGCGAUUACUGUUGGUAAAAUUCGUGAAAUACCAUUUGAAGAAAUUACUAAGGAAGAAAUUAUUGGUGACGGGUCAUUCGGAAAA